AUGGGUGCACCAAAGGCAAACGAUGCUGGACAAUUUGUAAAUUCAAUCAUUUAUUUGAAUUUUUAUCGAAAAUUGACAUCUAUUACGGGGAAUGGACACACAACGCACCACCAUUCGCAUAAAAUUCACCAGGUUAAGGACCUGGAGCGCGGGAACUACGGAGCGCUGGUCCUGAAAGUCGACAUUCACCAGGUGAAUGACCUGGAGCGCGGGAACCACGGAGCGUUGGUCCUGGAAAUCGAAAUUCACCAGGUAAAGGACCUGGAGCGCAGGAACUACGGAGCGCUGGUCGUGAAAGUCGAAAUUCACCAAGUGAAUGACCUGAAGCGCGGGAACCACGGAGCGCUGGUCCUGAAAGUUGAAAUUUACCAGGUGAAUGACCUGAAGCGCGGGAACCACGGAGCGCUGGUCCUGAAAGUCGAAAUUAACCAGGUCAAGGACCUGGAGCGCAGGACCUACGGAGCGCUGGUCCUGGAAUUCGAAAUUCAUCAGGUGGAUGACCUGGAGCGUGAGAACUACGGAGCGCUGGUCCUGGAAGUCGGAAUUCAUCAGGUAAAGGACCUGGAGCGCAGGAACUACGCAGCGCUGGUCCUGGAAUUCGUAAUUCACCAGGUUAAGGACCUGGAGCGCGGGAACUACGGAGCGCUGGUCCUGGAAUUCGAAAUUCAUCAGGUGGAUGACCUGAAGCGUGAGACUACGGAGCGCUGGUCCUGGAAGUCGGAAUUCAUCAGGUGGCUCACUGGGCCUAUUCCCCUCCCGGUUCCCCUCUUGCGAGGCUCUUGCGAGGGGUACGCGGACUCGAAUCGCACUUAUUUCUUUCAAACGUCUUCAUGUUACAAUUUAUUUUCACCAUUGAACCUCGACAUUCAACAUUUGCGCGGGCAAGGAUAUGAUAAUGGGGCUAAUAUGCGUGGAAAACACAACGGUGUCUACAAAAAGGUGGUCGAUCAUUUGCAAUCAUAUACCAGAUUUAAAAUUGAAACCUUCGAGUGCUACGCGAUGGUCCAGCAGAAUUGA